ACCUUGCACAUAUUAGGGGCUCUAUAAAUGUUUGUUGACUUGGAGUUGCCUUUAUCCUUAUGGCAUGAACGUACUUUGACCAAGAUUUCAUGCUGGGCAGUAGCCUUUAUGAUUAUUCAGGGAUUUUAGGCACAGGGCAUUGUGACCACAUCAUGAAAGUUAAAUUUGUUGGUUUAGACAAUUUAGCCAUAACCUAAAUGCAGAUGGUCUCUACACCUGGAUUGCCCUGGAGGACAAAACAAGUAAAUUUGUGUUUGGAGGCAAGUAAUGAAACUCUGAGGAACCUGAAAACAGCUCAUAGUCACAUCCCUCACAGCGCAGGUGCUGGUCCAUAAAAGGGUAAAUGCCUGGCAGAGCUGCUUGCGCUCUUGCUAUGGCUGAGUCUGUUUUUUCCAAAUGAUUAUUUUGUAGUUAUUAAUAAAGCAAAGCAAGCCAAACUGCCCACCUCCUUGUUCAUCAAGUUUUAAGGUGCUUUUUCCGAGGCUUAAAUUAACCAAGACUAGUCUGCUUUUUUCUGCUCUGCUUGAUUUCACUUCCAUAAGGGGUCAUCUUGGUUUUUCACUCUUGCUUUCCUCAGUUUUAUAUAUGUGAUUUGCUGGUGGGACAUGAAGGCAUGGGGGAGGGAAAAUGGUCCCUGGAGGGUCGUUAUAUUAAACACAAAUCCAGCCAUGCAGCAAAGUUCUUAUUCUGCCUCUUAUCGGGGGGAAGUUUUCAUAUUGUCAUGGAGAGAAAUGCACGUGCGUGUACACACACACACACACACACACACACACACACACACACACGCCCUUAACCAAUGCGCCACUCAGCCGGCCCCUCACACACACACCCUUAAACCCACACAAAUGAAACCCCUUCUUUGGAGAAGCCAGCUACAGGAAACUGACUUAUGCACAGGAACUUGCUAACCUCUUUUGUCACAUUUGGAUGGUUCCUGCUGCCUCAGUCACCACACACAUUCAGCCCAACCAUCUUAGACUGGAAUCUCUACCAGCUCAACUUUUACAUUUUGAGCUCUUCCGAUGUGAACCAGUUAUAUUCUUAGAGAGGAAGGAAAGAUUGAUCUUAGAAGGAAAUCAUAACAGUGAAAGAAAGGGCUCGCCUGCUUUUGCUUUUACUAACCUGUACCGAACAACUUUGACUUCCGGAGUCCGUCAUUUUGGUGUCAAGAAACGUCUUUGGCCUUCUACAACAGGUGACUUGGAAGCAAUUGUUCUACAAGUAAGCAUUUGAAAGUUAUUAAAUCCAGAACUCUACUACCAGGCCCCAGAGCACCGAGAUGUUCCCGAAGUUGCUGGGAUCCAUUAAAAACUGAAGACGAAGCAUGCUGUCAGUGGCCUUCCCUAAUUCUUGGAGCGGAAGCCAGUAGAGAGCUGUUUGAAAACGUCUCAUUUACACACCAGUUGAAGAACAGACUUUGGAGGUUUUCAAAGUAGAUCAAGGUCUCCCCCGGGUGGACAGAGAGAAGGAAAAUUCUGAAGUUUGCUGUCAGAGGUCCUGAGAACACACACCCAUCUGGUUUUCAUUCCCUGUGUUGAAUGGCGUUUGCUUCAGCCAGUCAGGGAUUUUGAACUUGCAACUAGGAACCCAGGCUGGGAAGAUGCUGAGUUCCAUCAAGUGUGUGUUGGUGGGAGACUCUGCUGUGGGGAAAACCUCCCUGUUGGUGCGCUUCACCUCAGAGACCUUCCCGGAGGCCUACAAGCCCACGGUGUACGAGAACACGGGUGUGGACGUCUUCAUGGACGGUAUCCAGAUCAGCCUGGGUCUCUGGGACACAGCUGGCAACGAUGCCUUCAGAAGCAUCCGUCCCCUGUCCUACCAGCAGGCUGACGUGGUGCUGAUGUGCUACUCUGUGGCCAACCAGAACUCCUUUAUGAACCUGAAGAACAAGUGGAUUGGCGAAAUCAGGAGCCACUUGCCCUGUACCCCCGUGCUGGUGGUGGCUACUCAGACUGACCAGCGGGAGAUGGGGCCCCACAGGGCCUCCUGCAUUAAUGCCAUAGAAGGGAAGAGACUGGCCCAGGAUGUGAGAGCAAAGGGCUACUUGGAAUGUUCAGCCCUUAGCAACCGGGGGGUACAGCAGGUAUUUGAGUGUGCCGUCCGAACUGCUGUCAACCAAGCCAGGAGACGCAACAGAAGGAAGCUCUUCUCCAUUAAUGAGUGCAAGAUCUUCUAACCUCCAAGACACUUCACCCAACACUCGUUUACUCACCCCAAAGGCUAAUGGGGACAGAGAGAGCAGGCAGGCCAGCAAGGGUUGGUGUUCUUUCUGGGUGCAUCCUGAGCAGUGUUUCCCUUGGAUACAGUUUUUAUGGGACUUGGCUACUGGAUGUUUUUGUUAAGUACACUCUGCAAAUGAACUCCUCGUCCAUUCCAACUGGAAGAUCCCUUGAGAAGCUGUAAUGAAUAUUUCAUCUCCAAUUAAAUAACUAAAAUGCUGUUUAUAAUUUUGGAUGAAGGUGUGAGUUUUCCAAAUAAUUCCAUAUUUAAAGACAGAUUUUAUUUAAAAGCUAAAAUAUAGAGCUCUUUAUAUAAUUACUUUUUCUAAAUACUCACAAACACAAACUGCCGUUAUGUGUGAAACAAACUUAUUGGGUCCUGCCCUAUGUCUGUAGUGUUAUUUUCUCCUGAAGUAAUAAUUUUGUUGAAGCUACUUGCCUGCUAGAUUUUUCUAGGAAUUGAAUUUUAAAAAGACUGUCAACUGAUCCUUACAAUGAGUUUUCCACCCAGCAGUUAUUCAGUUUGUAUAUAAAAUACAGUCCAAUAACAUAUGAUACUUUAAUACUGCCUAAUGAAUUUAAACAGUUAUCACUCUAUUCUCUGUAAUUAUAAAAAAAAAGCGUUUCUUAUUUACGAUGCUACCUUUCACCCAAAGACAUCCAGUUAUGCACUAAACUAUACCUCUUUCAUUCACCAGAACAGAUUGAAGUAAAACCUUUCAGGUAGAGAAUCAGGUUGCUCUAAGCAAUAGCAGCAGAGCUUGAAACAGAAUUGAAAAAGUCUCCCUUUCAUUGCUGCAUGUUGCCUGCGUCUCCCCGCACCGACUCCUACCUGAUUGUAGGUCCUGUGACAGAGCAGGUGCAACCUUUUGUGUGAUGGGAAUCUGGAGAAUUUGUUAUUUGAGCUGUAAACUGAGAAGGCACGGCAACAUAAUUUAUUAAUUUUAGGAGCCAAUCAGAAUAAUUAGGAAGGUGUCUACAUAUAUGUGUGUGUAAGAGAAAGAAGGUGGAAUAUAUAGCUUUUACUAUUUCAUGAAUGUGAAGCACCUGAGUUAAAAAAAAUAUAUCACAAAUUCCAAGAACAGGGAACAGGAAAGCUGUAUAGCAAUUGUUCAGAUAAUAAAACAUUCUCAGGGGAAAUGUUGAAUAAAUAGGGACCUCCCCAAACCCAAUUUUAUCUGCUUAAAAGCAAUGGUAUGAUCAUCUGUUACAGUUGAGAACAGAAGACUGUAACUUGAGGAAGAAAUUGUGAAGGUUGGCACCCAGGUAUAUCAUUUACUCACCUAAUUCAACAAAACUUAGAACCACUCUGAACCACGUUUAUUAAAGUACAUCAUUGUUAUGGUAUAACAUGGCAGUUGCACGCAAAUGGUAAGGCAGUUGGCAUAAAUGACUAUGAUUAGGCUUAUAUUGACAUAACCAAACUAGAUUUUCAGUUUCCUUAUGUAGUCAAGUCUUUAUAGCUGUAAUCAAUGUCAAAAUCAAAUCUGUGCUCAUCUCCACACUGCUUUCUUUUUCUCCUCUUCUGUCACCCACAUCCAGCAAAAGGCUCUGGGUGCCGAGGUUCCUUCAGUUCCCUGGGGUUGACAUAUCUGCUUUCACCCAGCCAUCUCCAGCCCUCCAGUCCCGUGGCUUGUCCUCCCCUCUGUGUCACCUUUGCCCCUUGACUUAAGAGCCCGUCUAUCCAGCUCUUGGCACUGAGCGUCCGGCGGGUUGAAAGACUUGAAAGCUGACCGGGCAGGGGAGGAGAUGGAAGUGCGUCUGUAAUCCCUGUGAUCCUUGCCCUCUCUUCCUAUGUGCAAACCGUCUAAACAACUCACGCAGAUUUUCCUUCAGGGCCAGUCUUUAGGGUGGAGGCUGUUGAGCACAUUAGCAGGAAUGAAUUUCUAUUCAUUAUAAUUGGCUCCCCACAAGCUUUUCUUUCUAGUUGAAGGGAGAUCAGGGGCAGGCGUGUUUGAAAACGGGAAAGCCUGGGUACCUGAUUCGAAGUGAGGGAAGAGGAGGUGACUGUGGUGGCAGGGGUGAGGAAGGGAAGGCCAGAGAGGGCCUAGGCAGAUGACUUUGUCUUCACCUAGGCAGACACACAGAUGAGCCCUCUGCCUUUUAGCAGGAGCCAAGCUUAAACGCUCCCUCUGGGAACCCUCACACCUGAGAACAGGAAUCCAUGUGCAAACCCUCCCCAGUGAUGGGACCUGGCAGAAAUGGAGGCCAGUGGUGUGUGUCUCCCUACUACACUAUGAGUUCUUGAAGGCAGAGCCACUUCCUCUGUGUCUCAGUGUCCCCAGGGCCCAGCACAGGGACGAAGCCAUAGCUAAACAAACUUGUGUUAAAUUGAAUUGGAGGGUGAAAGCUAGGAAGUGGGCUGCUGUGCCACGACAUGGGUGUGGGAAGGAAGCAGACCCUCGCCAGCCUUGCAGGGGUAAGACGUGAAAAUAGGUCAUUUUGUUUGGAAUUCAUGUAAUAUAUAUUCUACAUGAGUGUAUAUUUAUUUUUGCCUGCCUAGGCUCAGGCACGUGUUUCUUACACUUCAAAACUCGAGGUACCUUUUUGUAGACUAUUGUAUGUUGAUUCUUAACUAUUCCAAGUAGCAACAUUAAAUACGUUCUUGUUUACAUUAAAGAGUUGAUGUGAGUGUUUGAAUUAUUCAUCCUCUUCUGUUUUACUUUAUA